AUGGUAGAGCAAGAGCAUGUGGCCGAGGAAGCACGUCAGGGCAACCUCGCUCUUUUGCACGCUGCACCAGAGGACAGCGAUGCCCAUGAACGUGCGGAGGAUGCAACAGAGGGCGCCUCAGAUGAAGGAGAGGAUGCUGGGGAAGCGCAAAAAUGUCUGGACACGUCGAGUGAAGCAAAGAAGACAACGGAUGAUGAAGAGGACGCUUCGGGUGAAGAUGAAGAGGAUGAAGAGGCUGGAGAAGAGAAGGGAGAUGAUGGCGAGGAGGAGCAGGUCGCAUCGGACGAAGAGGGAGAGGAUGAAGCGGAAGAAGGCGGUGUGGAGAAGGAGACAACGAGAAAGCGCCGUCAAGGAAAGAAAAGAACCGUAUCCGAUGUCGAAGAAGAAGAUCUGGUUCAGGUUCCUGCGUUUAAGGCUCAGCAUGAUUUAUGGGCCUCGCUGGGACAGCCUCUCAAGGAAUACAUGGAGGCGACGCGCCAAAAAAAUCGUGGUGAAAGAGAGAUGGAACCUUAUCAGCGCAAGUUUAUCUGUACGCAUGGGUGGUCCGAACGUGACAGAUCAACGGGAAAGCGAACGUCACACAAGUUGAGUCGUGAAGUGUACGCCCAUAAUCAUCGGGUCUCCGAAGACAUUUACAGCCGGGACAGCGUGUACAACUACAUUCGAGAGAACUCAGACCACCGAAUCACAAUGGAUGAUGUCCACAAUCGGCUGCGCGUUGAGUUGUCUCAUGACGAUGCUGUGGUGAAGCGCCAGUUGGCUUUCGUGAAUAAGAAGACUGAUUGA